UUCUCUUUAUCUUAUCCAUCUAUCCGGCUGCAUAGGCAUAGACUAGAGAGAGAGAGUUGCAAUGGCCGUUUCUUUGGCAGUGAACCGUCCUCUGCUUGGUCUUCACGAGAAUGUACCAUUAGCUGUUGCUCAUCCCCAAUUCCUCCCGUUCAAAUGGCCACCCAAGCCCAAACUCCCCUCCGUCGUCGGAAUUCGAUGCUCCUCCUCCCCUUUCAACGACAAAACCCUCAUUUCCUUCAAACCUAACACUUCCCACCUCAAUCCCAACCCUCUCGCUUGUCGCUUUCACGCUUCCCAGUUUGGAGAACAGGAGAGCAACAAAUACGUGGAAGCCUAUGCUGUAGGACGAAAUAUUCGUAUGUCUGCUAAUAAAGCUCGGAGAGUGAUCGAUCAGAUUCGUGGACGUAAAUAUGACGAAACACUUAUGGUAUUAGAACUCAUGCCUUAUCGAGCCUGUGAAGCCAUUCUCAAAAUAGUGUUUUCGGCUGGAGCUAAUGCUAGCAAUAAUCUGGGUUUAAGCAAAGGAAGUUUAGUUAUCAGUAAAGCAGAGGUUAAUGAAGGGAAAACAAUGAAAAGGGUAAAACCUGUAGCUCGAGGGCGUGCCCAUCCAAUUAAAAAGCGCACUUGUCAUAUAACCAUCACGGUAAAAGGCUUACCUAGUGAGUCCGUCGUGGAAGCAAAGCCUGCUUAAUCCUAUUUGAGACAAAAUGUAUGCCUUAUUAUGAGUUCCCUUCCCCCAUUUCAUUUCAUGAAAAUUUCUGCAUUUCGACAUUAUGUAGUUCAUUUUCUACAUUGUGACUUGUAGAGGAGUAAUGAACAUGCUAUUUGUGUACGUCCAUGUAAGAACUGUUUAAAUAUUCAAUUUAAUUUAAGUCCUGAAUAUGAAAUGAUUUUGGAUUGAAA